GUGUAUAUUAUUAGCCUUCGUACUCUGAGCCUCAUGAACCGGUAUUGGACUGCCGUGCGGGGUGGCUGUUUCCUGCUGUUCGUCUGCACCUUUCCCGUGCUGAUCUGCUGGAUGAGCCCGUUCAGCGUUCUUUGCUCCCUCUGUGUUCGGUCUGCACGCAACAUGUCUUCGGCUGGCGGAAUCGGUCUGAGCGAACUUUCCGUGGUGUACGUCACGGCGCCGUCCCAUGAGGUGGCCAAGAAGCUGGCGGCGAUGCUGGUGAAGGAGCGACAGCUGGCCGCCUGCGUCAACAUCGUGCCGGGCUUGACGUCCGUGUACGAGUGGGAAGGCGUCGUUCAGGAGGACACGGAGGCGCUGAUGAUUAUAAAGACGCGGUCGGCCCUGCUGGAGGAGCUGACGGCCGCUGUUGUGCAGCAGCACCCGUUCGACUGUCCUGAGGUACUGGCUUUGCCCGUGCAGGGAGGCAGCGCCCCGUACCUCAAGUGGGUCAGCGAUACGGCGAGGGGCAAGCCGGAUCAGUGAAGGGCAGGUACAGGUGGAACUCUAAUUACGACUGCGGGAUAGCUUCCCCUUCUCGCAAUCUGGUCACCUGCUGGUGCGCUGUUACAGUUUGCGUUGUGUAUGGUUAAUUAAUCUUCGGGAAGGUUGGUGCUCAUUGACGUGUAAUGGAAUGUGGGUAUGCAUUUGUUGUUAAGGGAGCUGGUAAAUGCCACAAUGG